AUGGGCGGCGGCGUCAUUGGUUUCAAAAUUCUGUUGAUUUUCUGUUGUGGGGUUCUGUUUCUGCGGGCUAGAACUGAACCCAUUGAAGAUAAGCAAGCUUUGCUUUACUUUGCGAAUAACAGUUCACACUCCCGGCCUCUGAAUUGGGAUGUGAGGACUUCCGCUUGCAAUUACUGGGUCGGCGUCACGUGUAACCAUGAUCAAUCCAGAAUCAUUGCGGUUCGGUUGCCCGGAUUUGGUUUCCGGGGAUCUGUUCCUCCGAACACUCUCAGUCGGUUGUCGGAGCUUCAGAUCUUGAGUCUCAGAUCAAAUGCUUUUACUGGGCCUUUCCCUUCUGAUUUAGCCCAACUCCGCAAUCUGACUUCCCUGUAUCUUCAGUUCAAUAGAUUUCAGGGUCCGCUGCCUGAGAAUUUUUCGGUUUGGGAAAAUCUGUCUGUUCUCAAUCUCUCCGGCAAUGCUUUCAAUGGUACUAUCCCUUCCUCCAUCUCCAAUUUGACUCAUUUGACUACUUUGAUUCUUUCCAACAACUCAUUUUCGGGUGAUAUCCCUGAUCUGAAUAUUCCUAGUCUUCAGCUACUAGAUCUUUCUCAUAACAAGCUGACUGGAAACGUGCCUCCGUCUCUUAGUAGAUUUCCUAGUUCUGCUUUUUCCGACAAUAAUCUUAAUAAUACACAUGAAGUUUCUGUACCACCGGUUCUUCCUCCAAUUGAGCCGCCGAAGAAGCAUUCGUCACGUCUUAGUGGUACUGCAAUACUAGGGAUCAUAAUCGGAGCUUGUGCUGUGGGUUUCGCCUUGAUUGCUGUUCUGCUCAUCUUUUGCUAUACCAAUAAGGAAACCUCUCCACAGCCAAAGUUACCUCAGAGAGGAGGAACUUUUAAGAAAGACAAGAAUGCGGUUUCGGGAAGUCAUGAUGGAGAUGGCAGGCUAAUAUUCUUUGAGGGUUGUAGCCUUGCUUUUGACCUUGAAGAUCUGCUGAGGGCUUCUGCUGAGGUGCUUGGGAAGGGAUCGUUUGGAACGACUUAUAAGGCGGCAUUGGAGGACGCAAAUAUAGUUGCGGUGAAGAGAUUGAAGGAAGUCACUGUGGGGAAACGAGAGUUUGAGCUCCAAAUGGAGGUGGUUGGAAACUUGAGGCAUGAAAACGUGGCUCCAUUAAGGGCGUAUUAUUAUUCCAAGGACGAGAAGCUCAUGGUGUAUGAUUAUUACUCUCAAGGGAGUGUGUCUGCUCUAUUACAUGCGAAAAGGGGUGAAAAGCGGAUUCCUUUAGAUUGGGAAACCCGUGUUCGGAUUGCAGUUGGUGCUGCAAGGGGUAUUGCUCAUCUUCAUCAGCAAUCUUCUGGAAAGCUGGUUCAUGGAAACAUAAAAGCCUCCAACAUUUUCCUGAAUUCCCAGCAAUAUGGUUGUGUGUCCGAUCUUGGCUUGGCCACACUAAUGAAUCCAGUAGCUCCACCAGUGAUUCGAACUGCAGGUUACCGUGCACCAGAAGUCACUGACACCCGCAAAGCCUCUCAGGCAUCAGAUGUCUACAGCUUUGGGGUUCUGCUGCUUGAACUUCUGACUGGAAAAUCACCUAUACAUCAGGCAGGCAGCGACGAAGUUAUCCAUUUGGUCAGGUGGGUUCAUUCUGUUGUUCGUGAGGAGUGGACUGCUGAAGUAUUUGACAUAGAACUUCUGAGGUAUCCUAAUAUAGAAGAAGAGAUGGUGGAGAUGUUGCAGAUUGGAAUGACAUGUGUAACAAGAAUGCCAGAUCAGAGACCAAAAAUGAUCGAUGUAGUUAAGAUGGUAGAGGAUAUUAGAAGGGUCAAUACAGGAAAUCGGCCAUCUACUGAUGGAAGAACAGAAGAAUCAACUCUCACCUUGACGCCUUCAUCUGUGGAGAUGGCAUCAUCUUCUAUUCAACAGUAG